AUGUCUCCCUCUCAACGACGUCGACCCCCAAACCUCAACCUUGGCGCCAACUCGAACAACGUCGCGACUCCUUCCAAACCGCCUCCGGUUCCCAUUCUCAAGUCGCGCGACCCCGUUCCUCGGACGCCACCGAAUCGGCGAGCGCAAGCGUACACUAGUACAAGUAGUAAGACCAGGGCCAACCCAACGACGGCGGUGAGCCGAGCCGUCAAGUCACCCCAACCCUCGUCAUCCAACGCACCACAGCAUGCGGACGAGAACCACGACGCCAGUCUAGUGACUUCCACUUCCAGCACCCCAGCAACCCACCGCACCACCUCCUCCUCCGCCGCCUCCGACCCUGCCGAUCUCGAUGUCGACCGAGUUCCUCCUCUCGACAUGUCUAAUAAGGAAAACGAGUAUGGGCCGCGAGAUUCCCAUGACCUCUCAAUGCCGCACUCCCAGUCGACCCGCGACUCCCUCAUGGCGAGCAUGCUCCUGUCCCUCGACCAGCUCACCCUCCUAGGACACCGCGAUGCCCCCAAUCUCUCCGACGACCGCACCUGGACCAAGACGUCCAGGGCCUCUCGCCCCAACACCAGUUCGCGAUUCGGCCCUUCCCACGGCCAUUCGUACAGCUCCGAUCUCGAGGCCGGCGACGACGCGGCUCGCCUCAACAUGAAUCGGGCCCGCCGCAGCAACACCAGCCCAGCACCCCCGCCGGCUUCACACCCGAGGGGCAAGGGCAGCAAGAGCAGCAGCGCCAACAGCAUCGAUGCUGGCUACGUUCAGGUCCUCGGCAGCCAACGUUGGGCCUCGGGUUUCGGGACGAGGUCUUCGAGCUUCGACUAUGGUCACCGCCGGGUGGAGAACACCCAACCCGCCUGGCACGCCGACUUCACGCACACUUUUCUCAACGACGAUUAUGACGCUGCCCCUACCCCGACCGUCCCCGGGGGCCCUCGGCGGACCGCGCCCCUACCCCCGACCCCAACCUUGGAGAGGAAGCGAAGCACCCGAUCAGCGCGGAGCAUGGCGUCCUCCAGUCGAAAGGGCGAAUCGAAAUUUACUACUAGGGAGGUUAUUCCUCCCGUCCCUAAUUUUACCAAUUUGGAUCUUGAUUCCGCACCAGCACCGCAUGUGGGAUACGAGAAGACAAAGGAGACGAUACCAGGCGGCGUUGGCGGUGGCGUGCCGUCGCCUAGUCCUUACGUGGUGACGACUCCCCAACCCAAAGAACGGCCAGGCUUCUUUAGGAGGGUGUUUGGCUCGUCUAGGAACACGACGCCCACUAGCAGCGUGCACGACUUAAAAACCAUCCUCGUUCUUCCGCCGGCGGAAGAAGUCGUUAGCCUUCAGCCUAACCUAGAUAAGCUGUCCGCGGCUCCUGAGCCAAGCCCGCUCUUCCGCAUCGCCCCGCCUCGACACCCCCGAUCGCCCUCCCCCGACAUUCCACACUCGUCCGGCGCGAGAAAUGAUUCCUUCCUUGAUCUCGACCCUCCCAGCGAAAACGAACUUGAUCUCGCAUCGUCAACCCCUUCGGCUAGGAACAAGACAGCAAACAGGAAACCGCCAAAGGCCACUACGCCCGGGGCAACGGACAGGGAGGACGAAACCGACGAGGGCAAUAGAGCCGAAGCGGAAGACGACGACAUUAUGCUAGCAGCCCACAGCGGCCAUCUUAUGGCCCCGCGUGUGCAUCGGGACCGGCGCGGGGAUGACACGUUCAAGCCCAUCAGACGGCGCAUCCGGGCCGCCCUCGACAUCACCGAUUCCGAGGAGGAGCCCAAUUCCGCGACGCUGGCCUUGCCCAUUGAAGGGGCUCGGUCCACUAGCGCCCACUCGGACUCCGCUGCGUCGGGGUACAGGACUUCGCCGGCCAACACCCCCAGCGUCCGACCACCCAAGGAUCCGAUCGACGAACCCGACUUCGUUGUUGGCGAUCCUACCGAUGAUGACCGACAAAAGGCCCAAAAGAUCUUUGACGGGAAUGAGGACUUUAUCCAAAAGGACAAGGCCGCGGCAUGGAUGGGCGCCGAGGGCCUCGUCCGCCAGCGCACCCUCCGUGCGUACAUGGAAUUGUACGAUUUUACCGAUCUCAGCAUUGCGGCCUCGCUGAGGCAGGUUUGCGCGCGCCUCGUGAUGCGCGCCGAGACGCAGCAAAUUGACAGAAUUUUGCUUGCAUAUGCGACUCGAUGGGCCCGGUGCAACGCCAACCAUGGCUUCAAGUCUAUUGGCGCCUUUGACGGCCCCAUAAAGGCUUGGGAGGGUCAGUUAGAAAUUGUGCUCAAGGAUAUCUACGCGUCCAUCCGUGACGAGCGGCUGCCGCUAUUUGGUGCCGAGAACGACCGCUAUCAGACCGGCCCCGCUUCUCAGAGCAGUCUCUCCGUUAUGGGCAUGCUCAAGAGAUCGCCAAGUGUGCUCAGCAAGGCCCCGUCAGAGAGCCAGUCCUCCCUCCGCGGUAGGAUCGCGGAGAGCUCACGAACCAAUAACUCGAGGUGGGGAUCAAAGAGCCGCUCCCGGCAUCGGCUUGGCACCACCGGCUUCUCCUCGAGCCGGACAAGCUUUGACGAUAACAAUUCCCUGUGGAGUCCAGCGGCGUCGUCAGCCACUUGGAGCCGGCAGUCUCUUGGCCGCACGCAGACCUCGAUGUCGAUGGACUCGUUUGGGUCGGCCUGGCCGCGGAACGACUACCAGCAAUCCAUUGGUUUCGCCAAUGCGCUGAGCCAGGCGAUUAUCCGAGAGGACAUACCAGGCGGAGGCGCUCCAUCUAUUAUGAGUAACGACGACAGGAACGGCGGCCCCUGCUUGAGGACGAACCGCAAAGCCAAGGAUAGGAAUUGGACCGAGGUGUUUGCUGUAGUGCAAAAGGGCACGCUUAGCCUUUUCUCGUUCUCGCCCAACAAGUCGAUGCGCAACAAGACGCGAACCGCGCGCCAUAACAAGGGCGCUCCGAUCCAGGUGGGCGGGGGCAACUGGCAAGAGAACGCCACGAAUCUAGGGACUUUUAGCCUGCGGCAGACAUUGGCAUCAGCCCUCCCGCCUCCCGGGUACUCGAGGAGCCGGCCGCACGUGUGGGCUCUCAGCCUUCCCACUGGCGCGGUGCACCUAUUCCAGGUCGGCACGCCAGAGAUUAUCAAGGAGUUUGUCACGACGGCCAAUUACUGGAGCGCGAGGCUAAGCACGCACCCGUUGGUUGGUGGCAUCAGCAACAUCGAGUACGGUUGGAGCGAGGCGAUUGUCAACAACUCGCUCGUCACAGCCAUCAAUGAAUCAACCACAUCGCUCCCUCAGGGGCCGUGUCUCGCGACCGGGGAGCAGCGCCGCAGUCGGCCAUGGGAACGUCCGAUGGGCGGACCUGGAAGCGGGUCGCGACACAAGCUGCCAGGCGACAAGAUCCACAUCGCCGAAUGGAUGCCGCCUACGCAGAGCCUACGCGCCAGUAACCAGGGCGAGGAAGAGCAGCUUCGGACGCUGGAGGGGUACGUCCGCUCGAUCGAGGAGGAGCUCCAGCAGCACAAUCAGAUGCGCAGCCCGAUGCUGCUCGCGUUCUCGCCGCGGGGCCACAAUGCCGCCAAGGCCAUGGCCAACUGGGAGCGCAAGAGCUCAUACCUGCUCCGAGAGAUUGUCAAAUACAGGACGUACGUGGACUGUCUGCAGCAGGCGGACGGGAGGAAGAAGGAAAUUUAUGGGGAGAGGGACGAAAGGGAGCGGGAGAGGGAGAGGGCCUACGACGAGAUGGCUGCGCCCGAGAUUGCGAUUGGGUCCGAGUGA